AGCACGGAACGGAGUAGAGCGGAGGAGUAGUAGCGAGCAGCGAAGAAGGCGAACGAGAAGAAGAAGGAGGAGGAGAAGAGAAAGAAAAAUAAGAAUAAAAAGACCGAAAGCGUUAGUGGUUCGAGAGAGAGAGAGAGAGAGAGAAGCAUCGAGUGGUAAAAGGAGUUUGAGAUUUGAGUAAACGAGAUGAAACAUUGAUAAAGAAGGGAGUAAAGAGUAGAAAAGAAGAUUGAAUAAAGCGCAGUCGGUUAGGAUAGUGAGGAAAUCGGCUAGUGAGGUUGGCAUUCGCGUGGGUGAAAGUUCCAACGGGAGUGAAGUUUCGUGCUGAAAACUGGUGUGUCCGGAGGGGGUGCGUGUUCGCCACUCGUUUACCCCGUAGCUCGCACUCUCCUCUGCAUCCCCUCCUCGAUAUUCUUUAGUCGAGCCUCUCCGGUGGUGGAACGCGUCGACGGAUAAAUUUCUCUCGGGUUGUUUCUAGUCGUCGGGAGGUACGAAGAAAAGAAGGCGAAGGAGAGGAACCGGGAGACAUUCGUUAGUGGCUGUUGAUACCGCCCGAAAAUUUGGUCUACCAGCAGGAAAGGAGCUGAGGAUCGGCUCGACUCGUCUGACUCUCGGGGCGAGGCAUCGUCGUCUCUCUUCGUCGGGAUUCCGAAGAGGAAUAAUAAACUGGGGGAAAUCUUGUCUCCUUCGUAGUCGAGAACGAAGGCUCUGUCUCGAGGUUUUAUAAAAGCAACGACUCGAGUUUCUACCUUGGAUAGAGCACACACACACACACACACAUACACACAUAAAUACACAUAGCACACAUAUCAAGUAAAUAUCCAUCCCCUAGCAUUCCCGAUCGAUUUCACGCCGUGUGUGGUAACCUCGCUCGCUCGCUAGCGUCGUGUUUCUCCUCCCUUCGUGUUAGAGCCGACUGGUGCCGGUUGACAACCUGGUGGCGAUAGAAACCUGAGGGAGAAACUAAAAGAGGGCUGUACGCGCUGAACGACUGAGAAAAAAGUACACAGGGACAGACACCGGCAGCGGGGAAGAGAGAGAGAGAGAGGGACGAGGACAGCGACGGAGAAGCAAACAGAUCGAGGGCCUUUGGUGAAUUGUUAGUGAAUUUGCGAUAGUCGGCGACGAGUUGUCUGGCUUACUUAGCCGCCUCUACGCGUUGUUAGCCCCAGAAACGGAUCUCCCGACGAAUCAACGGCGCACUACCUACAGGAACACCACUUUCUUCUUCUUCUUCUUCGGAAACUAAACCUUCCCUCUGACAGCAUCAACACCGACGUCCGAUUCGUCUCGCAAUCGUCAUCGCCCACUCUCUCGUACGAAUGCUUAACAGAGGCUCCGAGGGUGCAGACCAAGAGCUCCAGCAGAGCGGAGAGGAAGACGACGAAACGGCUCGGGCUCGAGAAGCCACGGGGACGCUCCGAGCUCCUGAAUCUUCUACGAAGCACCGCAAUUCGAGACUCCAAGCGAGGAAAUCAUUCGUUUAGAAAACGAAGAUAAUCUCACGGGAGAGGAGAGAAGAAAAAGGGCGAAGAACGAGACGCGCAAUCAUGAAGAGUCUCGCGCUACUCUCGCUCGUAGCAUUUUUCAUCUUCGCUGUAGACCUCAGCAGAGCUUCCGUGCUCGCAUUCGGAAGAAUGAGAAGCCCGAAAACACACGAUCAAAAGGCCACCGAGGCCCCUCGAGUCUGCCUCGAUCCACCGAUCAGUCUGCCCCGGUGCAACAUCGCUCCGGAGGACCAAUUCGAAUUAUCCAGACAGACACGAGUUCCCGGCAUUUAUUCAGCUUCUGAUGUACCUCGCAAUCCACAAGAAUUACAUCUCGGAGAAAAUCCUCGGAAUAAAUACACUCAAGCCCUGACGAUCGUUUACAAAAUCGAAGACUGCAUUCCGCUAAGAUUACCCUUCGAUAUACCGAUCUGCCAGAGCAGAGACAUCGACAACAGGAUCCUCGAAGUCCGCAGACUAUUUCCGUUCCAAGUCGUAGCUGACUCGGAAGAGGACACUGGCGCGCCCUUCUUCUUUCCCGAGUUCGAUUACAAUAAGUGGAGAAUCUUCGCAAAAGGAUCUUGGAUUCGUCCAAUCGAAAACCCCAAAAACGUCGAAAAGUCGAAUGUCGAAGUGUCGAACGACAUGAAGAGCGAAUUAAACGCGCGAAAACUGGGAAAACGAAAGGAAUUGGAAGAUCCCGAAAAUGAAGAUGAGAAGGCCGCAGAUCCGUUAUCCAGGUCGUACGUAGCGAAACAUCGAGUACGACGAGACCGCAGUAGCGAAACGAAUACCGAUAAAAUAAAAACGAACAAAACGAAUAGUUCAAUCGAGGCUGGGAAAAGAAGCAAGGAAAACGAGGAAGAAAAGAAGAAUGAAAAAUAUUCUGACAGAUACGAGCGAGCGAUUAGUUACGAUCCUGAGAAGCUUUUCGAAUCUCCAUCCGACAUUAUUGAUAAAUCUCCGUCCAUUUGGGAUCGGUUCACAAAAAAGCCACCAUACUACGAUUUUCCUUUCGGCAUGGGCAAGGACGAGAAGCCUGAUCCUUGGUGGGAUCCGUCGGAAACUAAAAUUUCGCCCUUCGGACGAGUAAGACGUCCACCCCCCAUGUUUCCGAAACAGGAAGAUAUUUCUACUCCUAUACGGACAUUGUUGGAGGAUGAUGACUUCAUUCCGGGUGAUUCCUUUCUCCCAAAGAAUAAAAAACCAGUCUAUCCGAGGUGGAAAGUACGCUCCGAAACUCCGUUACUGACUCCUCGAGUCGUCAGAGGAACCGCCGAAUCCUCCACUAGUGAUUUAUCCUCGACAAACGACAAUCAUGAAAUUCCUCACCGAUGGAGCGAAUUUCCAUAUGCCAAAGCCAUACCGUUCGAUCCAGCGAAACUGAGACCCCAGAGGUCUGACAAUUCCCUCAUUACGGCUCCACUCGUUUUCCCAUACGCCACAGCGAUCCCCUACGACUCUCGGAAGCUCACUGCCUCCGACAAAGACAAUCAAUUUCUCGAUCGAACCUCCAAUCCCAACGGCAGAGGCUCAUCCUCGAGGGAUUGAAAUUUCUUCCUCACCUUUCUUCGGCGAUUACAAUCAUCGGGAAUGUCGAAGCUGACUCGAUACCUUUAUCGCGAAACGCCAUUUUUUACGCUUCGAAGCGCCCCAGUGUUUGCGAAAUAGAAAGAAUUCUAAGGUUUUCGUUACUUUCAGUUUUCGAGAUUGUGAUCUGCCAUAGCGAGGAAAGUGAAAAACAAAACAAAACGACAACGUUAUUUUUCAUGAAGAUAUUGAAAGUAUCUUUAUUCGUAACUUUUCAAUACGAACUAUCGUUUUCGAGAACAAAUCGCAAUUCGAAUUUUAUAGCACAAUCCUUUUUCGUGAGAGCUUCAAGAAACAAUACAAGAUUUCGAACCUUAUAGUCUUGAGACGGAAAGAGAUUUUUCUAACGACUCGAUUCGCCUUUCAUCACUUUCGAACUCUUCGCCUCGUAAUGUACUCGAGUUAUCGUUUUAAUCAUUUUCUCAUUUGUGUAGAAUGAAAAUCAUAUUUGCCUUUUCGUUCAAUGGAAAAUAAAGACAAAAAAACAAUGAUUUUUUAUUCUUUCAGUAAUUACAUUCUUUCAGAUAUUAAAUAUAAUUUAAUAUUCGAUCUUCAAACGUUUAAAAAAAUCACUGAAUCUCUGGAAAUACAAUUAUCGUCGUUUUAGUAUAAAUUUCAAUCUGUUUGAAAUCAGAUAAAAAUAAUGAAUAUUCUCGAAUUCGAAACAUCAUUCGUAAGCGAAUCUCGUUGGGAAGGAUAAAAAAUGACUAAGAAUUUCGAAUAAUUUAACAGCAUCGCGACAGAUCAAGGUUAAGUGUAUUUUCAUGAGAACCCAUUGAUGAUUUUGAAGUUUGAAGCGUGAAGAAAAUAAUAGAAAAAGUAAAAAUGAAUAAUGGAAAAAAACAGCGAUCGACGUGAAGGGAGUUCGAAGGCGAUGAGAAAGAUCGAGCGUCACGCAAAUUUUGGAUUCUUGUAUAAAUUUGAUUUCGUUUAUUUUUCACGUUCGAGUUAAUCAUCAGUGGCCGUUUCUGUCGUUGAUAGCGGCUGAAAUAUGUGAUACGUAUAUACUAAGAACACUACAUUUUAUUAUAGUCAAUUGUAUGUGAUCACCCGAGAACGUUGGAAAAGGAAUUAGAAAAAUAGCGAAAAGUAAUAGAAUAAAGCGAUUAUUGUUAGCCGAAAAAUAAUUUGUUUCUCCAAAGCACAUUUACUCGCAUGUGUACUAUUGCGAUGUGCUCUAGUAAGAUUUUUUCAGUUCGUUUUUUAUCAUUCUUAGUUUUAAAGUAAGAUAGAAAGGCACGGGGAAGUAAGAAACAUUUUUUUUUUUAAACAGUGUUCAACAAUCUACGUCGUUUAUUAUUGUCAUUCAUUUGUCUCUUUCCAUUUCGACUAAAAUCAUUUGCUAUAUAAUAGAGUAAAUAAAAAAAUCCGGACUCCCCAUUAGCAUUCGUCUCAUCACCCAAAUAUCUAUGUAUAAUAAUUGUAUCAAGUCACUGCAUAUUUUCUCGUCCAUAUUCGUUAUUCGCAUUACUUCACUCGGCUAUUGCACCUUAUUCUUUAGGUGGAUGAUUUAUAUAUUUACUUUUUUCGUUGUACUUAGUUAUGUGUAAGAAUGUGACCAUUGUGCGUAUGACAAUGCAAUAAUAAAUGAACGAUUCACGA